UAUGGAUAUUUACUGGCACUAAUCGCACAAAAUGUAUUUAUUGUAGAUUUUUCAUGAACUAAAAUAGUUUUUUGGAAGAAACCCCUUCCGCUAAGGAUUGCGGAACAUUAUUGUUUAACUGGUGAGACGUUCAGGAUUUUCCAAGUAAUGAAUUUGACUGGAGGCGGCGCAGGUCCCCAGGCGGGACCCAACAGCAGCUGCAACAUCCCCAACAGCUCCCUCCUUGCUACUGCUCCAGCAGCUGCCACAAUGCCGAUUGCCCAACUGGCAGACGGCUGGCUAGAGCUAGAAUCGGAUCCUGGUCUCUUCACCCUUCUUCUAGAGGACUUUGGCUGUCACGAUGUACAGGUGGAGGAAGUAUACGACCUCCAGAAACCCAUCGAGAGUCCCUAUGGCUUUAUUUUCCUUUUUCGCUGGAUCGAAGAGAGAAGGGCUCGACGGAAAAUAGUAGAGACCACAGCGGAGAUAUUCGUCAAGGACGAGGAGGCCAUUUCAAGCAUCUUCUUCGCCCAGCAGGUGGUGCCCAACAGCUGCGCCACCCACGCUCUACUCUCUGUCCUCUUGAACUGCAACGAAAACAACCUUCAGUUAGGGGACACUCUUAGUCGUCUUAAGGCCCACACAAAGGGCAUGAGCCCCGAAAACAAAGGGCUGGCUAUUGGCAACACCCCGGAACUAGCCUGCGCCCAUAACUCGCACGCCAUGCCUCAAGCUAGACGCCGCUUAGAGCGAACAGGAGCUGGCGUCUCCAGUUGCCGUUUCACCGGCGAGGCAUUUCACUUCGUAAGCUUUGUGCCCAUCAACGGACAACUGUUUGAGCUGGAUGGCUUGAAACCAUAUCCCAUGAAUCACGGCGGCUGGGAGGAUCACGAGGACUGGACCGACAAGUUUCGACGAGUAAUGACAGAGAGACUGGGCAUCGCCACCGGGGAGCAAGAUAUCCGAUUUAACCUGAUGGCCGUUGUUCCCGACCGCCGUAUCGCCAUAACCCACAAGCUGAAGAUGUUGCGCACCAACCAGGCUAUCGUCUCUGGCACCCUCCAGAAGCUGCUAAAGGCGGAUGAGCAGGGAGAAGGAAACGGAGAUCCCCAGCGACCCGACACGCCCAGUACACUCCUCGAACCGAGUGCGUUCACGGCCCGCGAUCUGCAGUCUCUGCUGAAGAACUUGGACACGGAGAUUGCUAUUAACGAGCAGCACCUGGCUGAUGAGAACGACCGGCGGCACAAGUUCAAGGUGGACGCCAGCCGUCGCACGCAUAACUACGAUAAGUUCAUUUGCACUUUCCUGUCCAUGCUGGCGCACCAGGGAGUCCUGGGCGAGUUGGUCAGCCAGCACCUGCUGCCCUCCAAGAAGAUCAGUGGCCAGAGCGCAGCCAACCGGUUAAAUAAGCAGAGCAACGCCUCCGCCAGUGCAGGGGCCACUGCUGCAGGAGCAGCCGGGGCAGCGCCAAAGACCCAGCAGCAGCAGCAGGCAGCCGCCGCCAAGAAUGGAAAGUCUCCCAGCAAAACUCCGGGCCGGAGGCGAAAGGGUCGCAACAAGUGCAAGAAAAGAAAGUAGACGGAAGAGUUAUAUAUAUUAUAUAUAUGUUUCAAUAAUAGAUUUGCAUUUACUAUGCAUUCCAGUAUAGUUUUAUUGAUAAUUCCCACCAUUAACCAUUUAGUUUGGAUAAGUUUAGCUUAAGUGCCAUCCCGAGAACACACAUUGCCUGUAAAACAACACGAGAUGAACCUGGCAGUUUUUAUAUCUUUAUUUGAUCGCUUGGUCGACCAUUUUAAUAAUAAAAAACACUGUUCAUAUGAUUAAAUGAUCUGCGAUCCUUGGCGCAACAAGGACCCAAACUGUAUGCGUAA